AUUUACAGUUGAAUGUGGUUUUAAUUUAUAUUUAUUGGAACAGAAUAUUUGAAGAUUACGCCUCGAAGCGUGCGAUAGAAUUCAUAACACACAUUUCGUCGCUGAGAAAUAUCCUAACGACGAAACACAAGUCACAAUAGGUCUGUCAUAACCGGUGAACUACAACAUUUGUUGGGAUCUUGACCCCGUAAAUGGUUCGAGGAGGGAAGAAAGUCUCGCUGGCGUACCAUCAAUACUUUGUAAGUGGUUAGUGUGAGAGAAAGAGAGCGGUCCCGAAUAAACAACUCAGUACCGGGUUUUAUUAAAACACUUGGAAGACUUGACGCAUUCCAUUUACCCGAGUUCGGCCACCAAACAUGAGUACCAAGGCCAUACCCAGCUCUUACACUAUUGAUGGACUGUUGGGACUCAACCGAGACGAUGAACACAAACAGAGUACAAAACUGGAUCGUGUUUUCGACGAAGCAGCAGACCGUAAGUUAGGUCAGAGCACAGAAGAGAGAAAACAAGAGAACGACGCGGAAGCAAAUUCAGCGGAUAAUGUUGAAAGUGAAGAUGAACUUAAAGUGAAAAGCGAUGAUGAAGGAGAUCAAGAGAGUAAGUGUUCACCAGGAAAACUUAGGAAACAGCGUCGAUACCGUACAACCUUCACAAGCUAUCAGCUAGAAGAGUUAGAAAGGGCUUUCUCCAAGACUCAUUAUCCAGAUGUGUUCACAAGAGAGGCACUGGCCAUGAAAAUUGAUUUAACUGAAGCGCGUGUUCAGGUUUGGUUUCAGAACCGACGAGCGAAAUGGCGUAAACGUGAGAAGGCUCAAGGUGUCCGCCUCCAUGCUCCACUUGGACUAGGUAACACUUUAGUUCCUCCUCCACUGUCAGCUUACACCUCAGAAUUGACGGCUGCUAGCAGAAACCACGAUCAAGAAUGGGAUUGUGGUUUCUCUGCCGCGAAUCCUCCUCGCCCGCCGCCUUCUUUUCCGGCCCUGCGUCUUCCAUUACAUGCCACGGUUUGCCCACAGUCAAGUAGUAUGGCCCACUUUUAUUCACCUUAUUACGCCCACCACUCCGAGUACUUUUCGGCGGCGGCCAUACUUAGCGGCGGCAAUGGUAGCAGCUCACUUUUAGCGUCAACCUCAGUGCCCUAUAAGGCACCAGUGUUUAAAAUCUCUCCCGUUGUGUCUUGUGGUUCUUCUCCUCGAAGCAUUUCACCUGUAGAGCCCGACAGAAGAACAACCAGUAUCGCGGCGCUAAGACUGAAAGCACGAGAACACGCCGCUUCCUUGGGCUGUGUCUUCAGUGGCUCUUCCACUGAUUGAAUUGUGUUUGAUCAUAUUUCACACGUGCUGCGUUCGUCUGAGUAACUUUUAUUUAGAAUCAUGAUCGACGCUACUUGUGAACUUGCUCUUUCAGCAUCAAUUUUUAAUUAGUUUCUUAAAGGAUCCCCCCUUUAGUCGUUCUACUAUUGUAAGAUAUAUAUGGACAGAAAAAAGACGGUUUGGUAGAGAUUUGUACGUUGUCUUGAACUGUUCGCGAAUUCUGUCGAAUGUCCUGGACCUUAAGAGUGUUAAUUUGUUUAGGGUGCGACUCACUGCGAAACAACCACCCGGACAAUGAUUUAAUAAACGUCUUUGUUUGCGCUA